CCUCAAAACUCGGGAUCGGCGCACAAAGAGCGCGCAGCCAAUCGCAGAGAGCUUCGGGGGAAAACCCUGGCCAAUGCCCGCCGCCCUGGUAUUUACACAGUGACCGACCCGGCCAAUCAGGAGUCGUCACAGCGCACGGAUUCUGACCCCUCCAGCCAAUGGGAUCGGGGAGGCACAGAGUUUUGUGGGAGUGCAUAUAAUCAACAUAUUAUCCAAGGUGGCUCAGAUAUUGAUCCGGUAUUCCUAGGUAGUUCAAAUUCACCUCCCGCCGCCCUUCGGCUUUGACCUCAUUUGUCUCUCUCCCCUCUCCCUCCUCCUUCCUCGAGCUCGGUUGGGAGAAUUAUUCACGCGCAGAAAUGCCGAAGAGAAAGUCCCCAGAGGGUGCUGAGGGUAAGGAAGCCUCUAAAGUCACAAAGCAAGAGCCCACCAGAAGGUCAGAGAGAUUGUCGGCGGUCAGAAGAGGAGAUUGUGACGACAUCUCCAAGGUGGAGUUUCAGGAAGAGCGGGAGUUUCUUAAAGCGACAGAGGCCAAAUUUAAUUACAAGACGUAUUUGAAACCUGCUCCUCCCAAAGCUGAGGUGAAGCCCAAGAAGACCGUUGUCAAGAAGGAUGAAAAAGGAGCAAAGGCCAAGAAGGGCGGCGCUAAGGGGAAGAAGGAAGAUGGUCCGGCCCAGAACGGGGAAACCAAGGCUAACGAGAUCUAUGUGUCUCGUCCAUCUGUGAGUGUGUCCUCCAUCAGAAGCAUGGCUCCCUCCUUGAUGUCAGUGAAAGGGCAGAGCGAGACAGUCAGAGUUAAGGGUCUCUGAAGCAGCAGAAGAGGCGACCGACGAGAAGGCGUGAGGAUUCCAACUCGUCCACCGACUCGUCCGCUCCAACUCCAUGGCAGCAAAGCAUCUUUUUUUACCGAUGAUUUUUUGUACCAUGCCAUAUGUUUUCUCUCUCUCUCUCCCUCUCUCUCUUUCGAUUAGCGAUAGCGAUGGACAACCAGCAGAACCCUCAUCCUCCCUCUUGCAUCCCGUGUUGCUUUAGAAUACAGCGUCCAUCUUAGAUGUUCAAAGGCACAUUGAAGUGAUUUUAUCAGACUGUUGCAGAUGUUAUUUGUGAUGCCUGAAAAAAAAAACCAACAACAGGGGAUUCGGGGCCAUAAAUGUGACUGUUACCAGAUCUCUAAACCAGCUUGGCCUUUUAUUUGUAGUUAUUCCUCUGCGAAGAAGGUCACCAUUAUUGGCCUGUCAUAAGGAGAUGCCCUGAUCUCUACCCCUCUCCCUCGCUGCCCCCCCAGACUCUUUGGGGUAACGUGGAAGAUUACAAAUGCAGAGCAGUGGGAGAUCAGACAACAUAAGAAACAUCUGCAUUUUGAAAUAAAAGAAAAAAAACAAUUCCUAGUUUUUAGAAUCCCUGACGCUGUUCCACAUGGCUCCUUUUGUAUUUGUGUGUUGGAGUGGAAAUGUUUUUGGGUAUUUUUUCUUUCUUUCUUUUUUUUUGUUUGAACACCUUGUCCUGAAGCAGAGAGUGCCAGCAAUAAACGAGUGAAGCUCCUGUUCUGGGCGGCUCCGUCGGCGUGGGACCUUCUGGGCUUCGGCGGAGUUUCAUUCUGUUAGGAGAGAAUUUUUUUGAAAUAAAAGAAAAAGUCCAUCACA